AUGGCCCAGGUAGUCAUAACAAAAACUCAGUUUCAAUCAACCUUAACACAACUACUGGAGAAAGAUGAUAAAGAUUGCAAACUGCUUGUUGAUGUUUAUAACGAGGUCCGAACAUGUGCAGAAGAUAGUUUAUUAGUAAGAGAAAACAUCCUCAAGUUUGAUUCAAAGUUCUUUGAGAGUGUAAAACAAGGUCUUGUCGAUCUGAAAAAGACCGAUCGCCCAAUUCUCGUAAUUGGAGAAACCAGCGCUGGAAAGAGCAGCUUCUUGAACUUACUGAUUGGAAGAAAGAUCCUUCCGGAACUAGCGGCUCCAUGUACCCACUGCGUAUGUUCCAUUAAGAAAGGAGAAAAACUUGAAGCCCGUGUCAGCUCCUUUGAUGAUUCUACACCAAACAAUGUCCAGGUCAUCAGCGGUGAUGGCAUCACAGAUGAGAAAUUUCAGCAGACAUUAGAAAAUUUGGUGAAUCAAGAAAAUUGUGAGGAGUCCCUCGACAGAUGUAUCGAUAUCUUUGUGCCUAGUACUAUAUUAGAGGGAAAUGUACAUUUAGUGGAUACACCAGGAUUUGGUGAAAGUGAGAAAGUUACAAAAUCACUGCUGAAGUACCUACCAAAUGCUCUAGGGAUCAUCUUCAUUCUCAACUCGACAGUUUCCCUCGGGAUUGCCGACGACAGGGGUGCAUUGAUACUGGAUGAAAUCAAACAACUGGUUAACGAUCGUAAACUUCCAGCGUUUGACCCCAGCAGAGUCGUUUUCAUCGCCAACAAAUGGGAUCAGAUUUCAGUAAAAGAAAGAAAUAAUCAUCGGAUGAAGAUCAUACAAAGACUUGAGACAUUUUGGCCAGAGUUCCGAGAAGAUCAGCUGCAACAGCUUAGCGUUUCCUGUGUUCUAGAUGCACAAGACAACAAAAGUUAUCAGGAUUCUUACAAAUCUGUCAUAACAGAUUACAAAGCUGUUCUUGACAAAAUUCGUGAUACAGUCGAAAGCUGUGCAAAUGCAAGGUCGAUAGUACAUAGAAGGUACUUAGAGAAAGUUUUAGAACAUAUGAAAACCUUCACGGAUGCUUCGAUAAACUUUUUUGCCUUAUCCGUGGAAGAUAAACAUAAGAAAAUGGAGAGCCUGAAGACUUUGGUCUGUGAACUGGAAUCUACAUACAAGAAGGGUAAACAAAGAGUUAAAGACCUUGCUGGUGAUAUCCAAACAGGCAUAGUACAGGAUGUCUAUGGGUAUCUCAACGAUGUUGAAAACAGAAAAGCGAUUUUUCAGUGGAAAAGCAAUGGCAUGCCUAAUGGAAACGACUAUUCUAAAGUUAAAGCGGAGGCUCGCGUUGUCAUUCGAAAAUUUAUAUCAGAAGCUAUUUUUUCACGCACUGCAAUGUCUCAGUCAGCAAUUGAAAGUCUAGAAAGCAAGUUGGCAGAAUUCAUGAUUGAGAUCAAGGACAAUCAAGAAAAAAUAGAACGCCUUCUGAAAAGUACUGACGAUCGAGUGAAGAUCCAAGGAUUAGACAGGGAAACUCGGCAAACGCCUGAUGUACAGGACGAAGGAUUGAAUAAAGCGGCCAUCGCUACGAUAGCACUCACAUCGCCUCUUUGGAUUCCAUUGGGACUCGCAGGGCUAGUCACGGUUCUUCCUGUUGCGGCAGCAGUUGAUUUUGCAAGAGGAAAAAUGAAGAUUCUACGUUACAGGAAUAAUAGAAAGGAACAUUUAGAAAAGUGGACCGGAAAAGUUCUCCGAGAGGAGUAUAGUGAAUUUAGGCUUAAGUAUAUCAUAUUUGAAAGCUUUAACGACAAGAUGAAUGAAGAUAUGGACACAGUUGGAACGUUAAUCGAAGAACACAAAAAUAUUCUACUGCACCUUGACGAAAACAUGCAAACUGAGGUAGUACCUCAUGGCUACACCGAGAUGAGAAACAUGUGCUUUCGGAUGAAUGAAAUAUUUUCAAAAAUUCAGCAACUUUGA